AUGCCAAAAAAUUUUUCUUCACCUUAUGCUCAAACGUUUGAUAAUUUAACACGAAAUCUUAUCAGUGGGUUCAUUGCCCUUAUUUGCAUUUUAGGUCUGGUAGGAAAUGGAAGGACCAUUUAUCUCUUGGCCUUUUCCAUUAAGAGAAAUUCUUUCACCACCUACAUCCUGAAUCUCUCCAUCGCUGAUUUUGGGGUCCUCGCAUUCCUCAUCACGGCAGCUACAUUUCUGACAGUCUUAACUCUGAGUCAAAGAACACACGUUGUUUAUACCAUUUUCUUCCUACUUUUUGAGCUCUUUUUCUUCACCUAUUCUGCUAGCCAGUUUCUGCUGAUGGCCAUCAGCCUGGACAGGUGUGUGGCUGUCCUUUUCCCACUCUGGCAUCGCUGCCAUCGUCCUCCAUAUUUGUCCACCCUGGUUUGUGGCCUCAUCUGGAUCCUCUCCUUCCUGCUCUCUGCAGUGCACUUCAUUCUCCACCAGACCAGAAACAAAAGAAGUUCACCUUUCCUUUAUCAGCUGAUUGUGAAUGGUUUACUUUGUACGCCUAUCAUGGUUGUGUCCACUGUGACCCUCUGGAUUCACAUGAGAUCUAAAUCCCAACGCAAUCAAAGGAAGUUGCUCUCCACCAUCUUGCUGGCUCUCCUCUUCUUCCUUCUCUUUUCUCUCCCAAUGAAUGUCUUUUAUGUCAUUGACUAUUUUGAUACCUAUAAUCUCCUCCUGAUGACCAUCGGGAUAGGAUGUGCCUCUCUCAACAGCAGCAUCAACCCCCUCCUUUAUUUCUUCGUUGGGAGGAAGCAGAGAGGAAAGGACCAGCCCAGAACAUCAUACAAGGUUGCUCUACAAAGAGUCUUCAAGUAUGAGAAUGGCAGCCCAGAAGAGUAG